AUGGACGAUUUAGCCAAAGCAGCUUCGCAAAAACUUGGAGGACUCUUCAAGACUAAAAAGUUAUAUAUCCUACAAGAGUUUCUAUUCUCUACAAAACCCAGAUUCGUCUAUCUUCAGAAUAUUGCUCGCACCCUGCAUACCCUGAAGAUGUUCGACUCAAUACAAAAGAGAGCAGUUCGACUUUUAGGCGAUUCAGAGUUAAGCAGAAAUUUAGAGAGCUUAGAGUUUAGAACAAAGAUCGCUGACUUGACUCUGUUUUACCGACACCACUACGGUAAAUGCUCUUCAGAGGUGUCUAACAUAAUCCCACCUCGAGCAGUAUUUGCAAGACCUACUCGAGAGACAGACGUGGCCCAUGACACAGAAGCUCAAGAUUAA